AUGAAUCAAUCCGAAAAUAUUAGCCAUCAAGCUGGCCAAGCCGCAGGACAAGCCCAAGAGAAGGGAAGCAACAUGAUGGAUAAGGCAAGCAAUGCUGCUCAAUCUGCCAAAGAAUCUUGCCAAGAGGCUGGUCAGCAAAUGAAAGCCAAAGCACAAGAAACUGCUGAUGCUGUACAAAGCAAAGAUGGUUCUCACAACUAA